CAGAGUGCGCGGCCCGCGGGUUAUUUACAAAAUGUCAACAGCUUCAUUGUUUUGCUAGCGCUAACACUCAACACUGGUCAUCACAUGGGCGAUAUAGCUGGCUAAACAGUUAUUACUUGAUAUAAAGUCGGGCCUUAGUUGAUUUUAAGAGAUUAAGAUUCACAUGCAUGAAUUCCUGGGCACCAACUGAAUCAUAGUGGAGCAGGAAACAACAUGUAAGGCAGCUAACGGUUAGCACAGCAGAGGACAAUGGAGACAAAGUUACCUACCUUGAUGAGACCGAAGAAAAAACUUUGCUACUUUACAAAAAAGGAAAGUCCAACUGAAAAAGUGGAAGGGCUGCUGAGAAUGGAAGACAUUGAUCGGAUGUUUGAUGACUUGGAUCCAGCCUGCGAUGACCUGUUACCCUCAUCUUCUCGGUACAUGACCUUUAAUGUUGAGGCAAACCAGAGGGAGAGGGAGGCUUCAACAGGCCCACAAAAAGGGAAACUAAUGGGAACAAUUCCAAAAGGUCACAUGGGUCCCAAAGGAGAUAAAAUACACCCCUCACGGUCACCCAGUCCUGAACUAGUCUUCGAUCAGGACAUCCCAUUCAAAGCACACAUGCCAGCGAAGACAUCCAGCCCUAUUGAAACAAAUAUGGCUGUCAAAGCGCUCAACAUUGAAAAAGACCGAGCUGUGUCUCCACUUCUGUUUGCCUGUGAGGAUGAGGGAGACGCAAAGACAGAGCCUCCACCCAAUGGACACGUCACAGAGGAAAGUAUAGACUUUGAGUUUGGGUCUCCUCCAAGCAAGGUGGUACUAAGCAGACCUAAGAUGUCCAGUCAGCAAAAAAAGGUGGAGGAAGCAUGCAAAAAGACUCGAACUCUAAAUAAAAACCCACCGCAGAAACCUCAAACACCUGUUGUGGAGGUCCAAAGAAAAACUCCAAGGAUAGAAAUGGUAGACCCCCCCGCAGCAGCAGUGAGACGAGAGCCUGAACUCGCAGCUCCUGAGAAAACAAUUGAAACUGUUCCAGAGCAGCCGUUAGUGGAGCCCGUCCGCGUGCAAAAAAACAUUGCGGCUUUUAUUCAGAAGCUCAGAGACGCCGCACAGUCCAAACCUGCAUGUACGAGGAAGUCUGCAUCACCCGUGAAAGUACCCACUCCUCCUCCUGAACCAGAGGAUGAUUUCCUGAUUCUGGAGGACGACGCUGCUCCUUUUUGGGUUUCCAUCCGGAGUAAAACUGCCAAGAAACAGAAAUGGAGCGGAACGACCAGCAUCGUCAAAGGCAGCGUGACAGAUAAAAGCACGAAGGGAAGCUCAGUUGAGACACAGCAGGAACCUGAAGAGACGGAGAGAAAACCAAGAGGGCCCAGUGGCAAACGGAAGACCAAAGAGAAGAAGAACGAGGUGACCGAGGCUGAUCGUGCUGAGGAGGAACUACCCGGUCCUGAGGAGCCUCCUGUGGACUCGAUAGACGAGAAGAAGCCAAACAAGAAGAAGAAGAAACAACGACUGAAGAAGGUACCGUCUGAAGACAGCGACGAGGAAGAGGAGCCGCCGAAAACAAGCAAGGAAACACGGGAAGAUGAACCCGCUGUGAGAAUAGAUAAGAAAGCUCUUAACUCAAAGACUUUAAAAUAUGCCAAGAUGAUCAGAGCUAAGCCGAUGAAGAGGGGCAAAAAAGUGCGGCAGGGAUCUGAUGGAGAAACGGACAAGGCUUCAAAGAAACAAGGUCCGAGCGGCGAGGAAGUGGGGGCUACAGACCUGGGGGCUCUUUCAGACGAGGAUUUAGCAGAUGCUAAAAGGGAUCAAAAUAACAAACUACCUUUGGUGUCUGAAGGGAGUUCACCUGACGACAGUUUGACUCUGAGGAGGAGGAGGAGGCCGCCUGGAGAGUGGUGGAUGAAUCUGAGCCCAGAAGAAACAACAGGUAAAUGCAACCAGCCGCCAGUGAAGGAGGCAACGCGGCAAAACACAGAGCCAAGCGCAGCAGCAGCUUCACCUGUUAGGCCUAAAAAGGACAAAUACGAUCAGCUGACUAUUAAUAAGUACAAGAAGCCCAACCAGGAGCCCUGUGGAGCUUCACCUGUAAAGGACAAAGUGUUGAAGAACAUAAAUCCGACACAGCCUGCUGCACCAACAAGUCAGAAGACGAAUAAAGGAAAUAAACAGAAUACAGGAGGAGAAACUCAGGGGGAAGAGAGUCAUACGACUGAAGCAGAGCCUUUUGAGGAGCAGCAGGAGCAGCAGGAGGAGGAGGAGGAGGAGGAGGAGGAGGAGGAGGAGGAGGAGGAGGAUGUUCAGUCUAGCCCGUUGAUGUUCUCAUACAGAGAGCUCAGUGACAACUCAGGGGAGAAGCCGUUUCCAAAAGUAUACCAUCGUGUCUCCAGUAAGAAGAAAGCGCCUCAAAGGAAGGAGCCUCAAAGGAAGGAGCCUCAAAGGAAGGAGCCUCUCAAGGCAGUGAGGCAGGGCAAGAGACCCCCCGGGAGCUGGUGGGCGGUGCCGGACGUGUGUGAGGACGUGGAGAGCGUCUCCCCUCAGCAGCAGAAGCCCAAACCUCGGAAAGAAAGGAAGAAACGCACCAGAUCUCCUCCACCUCCCAAAGAGAGUUCCUCCGUGCCGCUCCUAAACCCACAGUCUCCAGUGAAGAGAUCUCGGGCCGCCUCUGAAGACAUGUUGUCUUCAAACGAGACCCCGAGUGUGGGCAGAGGUCGGAUGAAGAGAUGGAAGGAGCCGGAGUAUCCUGUGGAGGAAAUCCCUCCCGCUGACGGUUCCAUAUUCAGCACUCCUAACGACCUCAUACACCACAGCACCCCCGAGGAUGAGGGGCCACAGCGUUAUUCAGUGGAUCGGUCGAAGCUCUUGAGAAGUGGGCCGUCGUCCAUGAUUGUUCUGGACCAGCUCGAGUAUGAGGAGGACAGCUCGAUUUUGCAGAAUUCCACAGUGCAGGCGGCUCUCUCUCUGUCAGAUCUGUGCGCUCCUCCGCUCAAACCGAUGACCCUGCUGACCCAAGACAAAGUCAACCUGGCCGAGUGGUUCACGAACCUCUGGGCGCUGCCUGUCAAAGUAGAGAGUACUGAGAUCUUCCCGGAUCAGUUCGAGUGGUUCUGCUAUCAGGGCCGGGUGAUCGGCCUCACGAUGGACAUUAACAGCGAAUCAUUCUGCAACGGGAAGAUGCUGCUGGGCUCCUUCAUGAAGAAACCUCUGUGGGUGGACCACAGCGCCGCCACCGUUUUUAACUUAUUAACAAGCUCUGUGAGUGUGACCAUCAACGGCAGGGAAUCCCGCUUCAACCCUGGAAAAUCCUUCAUGGUGCCAUGCGGAAGUGCUUACAGCAUCCAGAACGUCUGUGCUCAGCCGGCGGUUCUCUACUUCACAAGAAUGAUCACAGAAAGCUUCGAAUGAAUAAAACAAAAACAGACCGGACACAAUAUGUACAUUUUAUUAAAAAGUUUCUUUUUUUACUUUCUGUAUUAAAUGAUAAGAUUUUAAAUAUUUAGUUGUUUUUAAUUGUAUGUAAAGGAUGUUUUUGAUCCUUUGCUGUGUUUUUAAUGAUGCAAUGUGAUAAAAGUAUUAAAAUGAUUUCUAUUU